CACUGACUGACUGCUGACCGCUGUUUUCCUGUCACUUAUCAUUUACCAAUGAUUUGUUGUUCUCAAAAUUAUUUGAUGUUAAAAAAUACAUGUACAAAAAUAAAAUAGAGUUGAAUUUAUAGUUUAUUCGCUUAGUUUCUAAAGAUGGAUAUACCAGAUUCCGAUAGAUUUUCGGAAAGUGAUAAGAGUGAUAAGUGUUCAACCUCAGAUUAUCUAAAAGCAGACAACUUGACACAAUCUUCAAGCCAAGACUCUGAUACUGACGAUGAUUCUUAUGACCAGUGUAGAGCUCCAAUCUCAGAUUAUGAAUUUGAUUCCGAUUAUGCGAAAUGUUUGAAUGAAAUAAUUAAAAGAUCAAAUGAUGAGUUUGAGAGUCUGAAAAUCAAGGGAAAGCAUCUCAAUGUCAGUUUUGAAAUGCUCCCUAACGUUUAUCAAAGUGGAAAAGUGAAAGAGAAGAAUACUAUCUAUGAAAUUUUCCCCAGUCUUCAUGAAACUUUUUCAUCAGAUCCAGAACCAGAGGGUGACAGUUCUAAUGAAAGUUGGUGUGAAGAAGCCAGAUUUAAGGAAUACUAUGACAACUUCACGAUGGACAUUGAUUAUCCCAAGUUUGAAGAAGACUCAAAUGAUAUCUUAAUGGACAAUCCUUGGGAUGAGCCAGUACAAAAAUUCAUAAAAGAUCUCCCAUUAUUUAGGAAUCAACCCUAUAAAAGAGUUGAUUCAAAUCCUGAAGUUAUUGAGAGUAACUUUCAGGCUCAAAUGGAAUGGAAAGUAGAUUGGGAGGCUAGUAAUUCAGAUGAAGAACGUGAGCUAGCAAAUAAGGAAAUGUUAGAAUAUGAAGAAGAAGAACUUUGGCCAGCACCACCAGAUAAUGAUGAUAAAAACCUCAUUUGUUAUUAUUGCAAUUACACAACAUCACAGCAGAGGUAUCUGAAUUACCACAUCAACACUAAACAUAUAGUGAGGCAAUACAGUUGCUGUAGAUGUCAGUACAAUACUACAAGCAGAAAAAGUCUUCAGGAACAUAUCGAGUCGGCUCAUGUGCACAAGUGUCAGUUUUGUGAUUUCAAAACUCUUCAGAAAGAAGAGCUUAAAGACCAUUUGUUAAAGAUUCAUUGGACACGGGAAUUCUGGGAAUGUUCAAUGUGUAAUUAUAUAACCCCCAAGGAACACAAACUAAAACAUCAUAUCGAAGUGGCUCACCCACAAUCUCAAGAAGACUGCAGUUCACAAUUCAAAAAACUGCAAUGUUAUUCAUGUCCCUACAGCUCUUCAUCCAAAAAAGACUUGGCUAUUCACUUGAAAACUGCUCAUAUGAAGCCUAAAGUUGAUCACUGUGUUAUUUGUGAUUACCGUCCAAUAAAUUGGAAAGAUCACGAAGACCAUAAUGAAAAACAUCACAGUAAGUUAAAAUUUGAAUAAGUAUUUGAAACCUUUUAGAAAAAAAUUGAUUUUUAAUCGAAAUUGAAGGGCGUCUCGAAAAGAUCAACUCAAGAUUUUCCAUUUCAAUUGAGAAGUAACGGUACAUCUUUUUUCAAUUUAAGUUCAGAGCCUCAACUUUUUAGCCAUUAUUCAAUAUAGGUUUUCUCAAGCCUGAUAGAUUGGUAGUCGAAAAAAUUUGGGAUUUCUUGGUCACAUCAUAUUCUCAUGGAAUCGAUUACAUAAAUAUAAGAUCUACUGUUGAAUGACUUUUGUAUAUGGUGAAAAGUAGAGCCUAGAAUCUGGAAAAGGGGUUAAAAUGUAUUUUAUAACGAUGAAACAGCAUUUUGUUGUUUCAGCACAAAGGAAAGUUUAUUGUCUUAUAUUAUUUCAAUUCUCCAACCAUUUUAUGACAUUAACUUUUUGUGUCUCAACUAUUUUGAAUUGAGGCUCAAAGCAUUGUAAGUGACAAUUAUGAUGAAGUUCAUUGUUUAAGGAAAAGUAUGUUAUGUGAAUUAUUUUCGUGUUGUUUUCGUAUAUAUGUAUAUCCUCAAAAUUUUUUAUGAAAAACCAAAAAAAUUAUAAAGGUAAAUUUUAAUCUGACACAAAAAGUAUCAUCUCAAGUUAAAAUAGAAGUGAUGCUUCACUUUUUGUUAAUUUCUCAAAUAAUUUAUGACUGUAACAUAAUACAUGUUGAAAUAUGGUCGAAUGAGUACAAAAAUAAAAAAAACAUUCUGUUGAGUGGAACGCUAGAACUUUAAGAAAUAUUUUAUAAUAAAAAAAAGCGUCUCAAAUUUUA